AUAUAUAUACACUGUGUGUUAUCAAAAAUGCUGCACCAUGUUGAGGCAGACUUUAAAAAGCUAAGCUAUUUUUGAUCAAUUAUGCACUUUCCAGAGAACAGUUAACAUAAAUGAUAGAUUCUACAUUUGCUCAAAGAGAUUCAUUUGCAAAACUGUAGGAAGCAGCAAGUAAGUUUUAUUCAGGUUAAAAUGAAAGGCGAAUUGUAUUAAAUACAAGUAAAAAAAACUUUAAACACAACUUAGUUGAAAAAUACAAAGGUUAGCAAUGCGUGCAGGCAAAAAAAGGAACAUAAAACCUUCACAGUGUGUUUGCACGACAUGGGUUUGCAAGGAAAUUUGGGAAAUUUCAACAAACUUGCUGUUCUAAUGAGAAAAUUCAAAAGCACUCAUGGUGGCCAAAAAAUUGUAAAGAUCUCCCUAUCUUCUUCUCCCUCAAAAGGUCGUAGCUUUUGCCUGGCCACAAUAAGAAAUGUAUUAUUUAUCAGUUUGUGUUUUACAUAAAUAAAAGUCAAAGAGUCGUCGGCAUACAUGAGUAACAGAACUCUGCAUGGAUCAAACGGUCACAUGAGGAUUUUAAUUUUGGUACUAAAAGGUUUAGAAUCUGAUUGUGUUUUUCACAAAUGUAAAGUUAUAUUAUACAUAUGAAGAUGUAUUGAUGAUGUAAUUCAGGACAACACCUGUGUUGUAUGCACCUUUUGAACAGUGAGGAUGAUAAGAUGCUGGUCCACAGGCCUAGCCCCACCCUGCUCUGCUUGAUGUCCCUGUGGAGAAUCCUGACACCAGCCUCGUGCUUUCCACCAAACAACCAGUGUCAGCAGAUACAAAGAAUGGCUCUCUGCAACAACCUCAAACUCGCUUCUGUACCUCCGGGACUCUCUGACAACUUAGAGGAGCUUCAGCUAAACUACAACAACAUCAAAACACUACAGAACAACUCUUUGUUGCGUUACUCUUCACUAAACACCCUGAGCUUAGCUUGCAAUACGUUGGAGAAAUUAGAAUCAACUGUUUUUCAAGAAUCAAAAUUGGUGGAGAGCUUAAAUUUAGCUAAUAACGACCUGAACAUUGGCUACCAAGAAACCAGCCUUGCAUUGAGGAGCUUACCUGGCCUUAGAACCCUAGAUCUCUCUGAAAACAAACUGGACGAUGAAAUGACUUCAAAUCUUCUCCAAAAUCUGAGAUCCCUCGAGUAUCUGAACCUUUCUGGGAACCUCUUGAGGAGACUGGAUGAGACCUCUUUCAUGGAUCUUCGCCAGCUUAAAGACCUCAACCUUCAGCGAAACAUCAUGUUUGAAAUCGACGGUGCCUUUGGCAACAACCCGAAUCUCCAGCGGCUCAACCUGGCCUUCAACUAUCUGCCCUGCCUGACGGACUUUGAUAUGACUCAGCUGGUUGUCCUGAAUGCUAGCCACAACAUCAUUGAGUGGUUCAUCUCCAGGCAAGAGUUUAACGACACCUUCCUGUUGGAGACACUUGAUCUUUCCAACAACAAACUCCUCUUCUUCCCUUUCCUGCCCAGCAAGAGCAAUUUGCAGAACCUUUAUCUGUCCCACAACACUGUGAGAUUCUAUGAACACUUUGCGGACAAUGCUACGUUCCCAAACUCAUCUUCAACAGUUGAGUUCUACAAUCUAAGGAAGCAGGAGAGCAACGUGACAGCUAAAUUGUGGGAUGACGGUCUUAAUGGUGAUAUCUCCAUGCUGAAGAUUUUAGAUCUGAGGGGAAACCAGGUGACGUACUUCCCUCAUGGAUUCAUCCAGAAGAUGUCUGCCCUCUCCAGGCUUCGAGUGAGCACAAACUGUCUAGAAACCUUAAAUCUGACAUCAGAACAGUUCUCCAGCAACUUGUAUGAGCUGGACGUCAGCAACAACAGACUAAACCAGAUCGUAGCAGAUGAUGGUGCUCUCACCACUCUGGGGAAUCUGACAUACUUUAAUCUGAGCCGAAACGAUCUAAGGGAGUUACCGUCUGGAUUAUUUUCGUCAUUGCCGAGAAUCCUCUCUGUGGAUCUCAGCUACAACAGCAUUAACAUUUGCCUUUCAGAGGAAACUAAAACGCGCUCAGACAACAUCUCAGUUUGCGUGGACUGGAGCAAGAUCCUCUCCCUCAGAUAUCUUCACCUUAAAGGGUGCAGCCUAGAAAGGAUUCCAGAAUCUGCGUUUGCAGGGCUGUCGCUAACUCUACUAGAAUUGUCCGAUAAUCCUGGAGUCGAUGUCCAAGGUUCAUUCCAGAGCUUAAGCAGGACGCUGUGGCAUCUCGGUUUAGGAAACACUCAAAUCCAAGACUUUGACUUCUCCCAUUUUCAAAGCCUGAAGUCUUUGAACCUUUCAGGAAACUCCCUCCCCCACAUUCCUCCUUCACUACUAAACAUUGACCUUAAAGUGUUGGACAUAAGAGACAACCAUCUGUCUACCAUCCCACCCAGUCAGGCUCAUGCAUUGUCCUCAAAACUCCAGAGUAUUCUUCUCACAGGAAACCCCUUCAACUGUUGCCAGACGGAGUGGUUCAGGACAUUUGAAUCAGCAGAGACGGUGAUGAUGGUUGGGCAGUCGGACAUCACGUGUGAGGAUCUGCUGCUGAAGACACACAAAGUCAAGGAUUCCCACUCAUUUUUCUGUCUGAAUGCAGGGGAGUCUGUAAUUUGGUACAUUCUGCUUUUUGUGCCUGUCUGUCUGUUCUUUGUUGGAAUCUCUAUUGUUGUUUUCCUCACAUUCAAGCCUCAAAUGCUACAAAAAUCAAUCAAAAAGACAUAUUUAAAGCCCACAUCGUACUGAUACUUUAUAAGUUCCAAACAACUCUGUGUUUUCAAUGUUUUCAUGAGAGAUUAAGCUGAGUGUUGAUAAUAAACUUGACUGGUAAACAGUAA